UCAAUCGGUAUGGAUUUGAAAGGAAAGGUUAUUCUUAUAACUGGUGCUAGUAGUGGAAUCGGUGCAGCGACUGCAAAGUAUCUAACUGAGCUGGGCGCAACGGCGGUAUUGACCGGGAGAAAUGCUGAAAAUUUAAAUCAAAUUGGAGCAGAAUGUGAAGCUGUUGGGAAAGCCAAACCAUUGCUGAUUGUAGCCGAUGUUACGAAGGAGGCGGACAAUGUGCGUGUCAUCGAGACUACGAUUGCCAAAUUUGGCAAGCUAGAUGUUUUGGUCAACAAUGCGGGCAAAGGAACCGGAGGAUCGAUUGAAAACACUACCUUAGAACAGUACGACGAUAUUAUGACCACAAAUGUGAGAGCAGUUUUCCACCUAACCCAGCUGGCGGUUCCACAUCUGAUCAAAAGCAAAGGCAAUAUUGUAAACGUAUCCAGUGUGGCAGGAACCAGAUCGUUUGCUAAUAGUUUGGUGUAUUGUAUUUCGAAGUCAGCUUUAGAUCAAUUCACUAGGUGUACCGCCUUGGAGUUAGCUCCCAAGCAAGUGAGAGUUAAUUCCGUCAACCCAGCGGUUAUCAUAACAGACUUUCACAAGCGACUAGGGAUGGAUGAUGCUGCUUAUGAUGCAUAUUUGAAGCACUCAGCGCAGAUGCAUGCGUUGGGGCGCGUGGGUCGUGCCAGCGAAGUUGCAUCCGCUAUUGCGUUUUUGGCCGGUGACACGGCUAGUUUUAUCACUGGUACGACACUGUGUGUUGAUGGUGGAAAAAACGUUAUGUGUCCACGCUAGAUAGGCACCUUGUUUUGACUACAAUAAAAAUGCUCUAGGAAAAUAAAAUGGCACAUUGCCAAUCACUAAUCCAAAAUCUAA